AUGGAGGCCAAAUCAGUUGACUUCAUCUCUUCCUGCUCAAAGUCAGUGCCUGCAACGGAAUUCUGCAGGGACCUUCUGGAUGGCAGCAAAGGACGCAGGGAGAAGCACUCACCUUUUUGUUUUUGGGAAAUAGACCUUAUUUGUGGAAGUUGUGGGAUUAAAGGUCAUGAUGAUACCAUGGUGGCCCAACUGCUAGGGCUGGUCUUUCUACUCCUGCUUCACUCUGUGAGAUCGCAGAGCAUCAAUGGUGAGGUGGUCUACCGUGACAACACUAUGUACGGCGUGGUGAACAAGGCCGUCAUCCUGGAAUGCGGUAGUACCAUACCUGACAUGUACAUAUGGAGCUUCACCAGUCCCGGCACUGAAGCCAUCAAGGCGGUGGUGUACGACUUGGGCCAAGGUCCUAAGAUCCAAAAGCUGGCCCAGGCUCUCGGGGAGCUAACGGUCAUCUCCAAAAGUGCCGACGUCAGUAUCGACAAGCUGCCCGUGGCGGCCCAGGGUCUGUACACCUGCCAGGCAUUCUAUGACCUAGAAAGCGAGCCCAAGGUGUACUACUACUACGUGCAUCUUGCCGUCAGAAUUCCAGUCACAAAGCCGCACCUAUUGGCGAGCGACGUGUCUCCAGUGGAAGGUACGACAAUAUGGCUGCGAUGUAAUCUGGACAACGGGACGGGGCCCAUCCAGUACGUGUGGCAACAAGAAAGCCACCAAGGAAACAUCUCAGCGUUUGCUCAGGGCAACACCAGCGUGGUCAACGUGACGGCGGUGAACCGCAACCACACCGGAUGGUACCGAUGUAUGGCCAGUAACGCCGUCAACAGUGAGCGCUCGGAUCGGAUAUGGCUGGAUAUUAUCUUUGGCCCGGAUAUCCCCCAGAUUGAGGUGACGCCGUACACGCUGACGGAGCGAGGCUACUCGGCCCUGGAGAGAGAGACAGUGUCCCUGCAGUGUCAAGCCCAGUCCAACCCUCCCAGUCAGUACGUGUGGUUCUACAACAACUCUCAGGUGUACAGCGGGCCGCAGUUCACCAUCACCAAGGUGCUCCGGAUGCACACGGGCGACUACGCCUGCCUGGCGCAGAACACCUACCUCAACACGCGCUCCAAAAAGACCAUCAGCCUGACUGUCUACUACCCACCAGAUGCUUCCCCUUCCUGCUCCAUGGAGCCAGCCCUGAAUUACACCUCCCUGAGACUCCGCUGCUCCUGGACAGGCGGCUUCCCGUCCGCCUCCGUUUAUUGGGCUGAACACUUGACACGUGCAGGGCAAGACGAGGUCGACGAGGGGCACACUAACGGCAUCUUGCUGCCUUCCGAACAACUGGCUUCAAACAGCAGCUUGUUUACGUGCACGGGCUCCCACCCAGCACUCAAACAACCAGUGGAGUGCAGCACGCGUGCACAUCUACCAGCUUCAGAACUGGUGUGUUUAGCCUACGUGACAACCAACAGGCAGUACCUCAUGUUGUCGUGCUCUUGGGACGGAGGGGCCCCCAACGCUCUGGUGUGGUGGGAAGGCCCAAGUGGUCAUGGCAAACCUGGGGAAGAGAACUCCAACGUCCUGAUCCUUCGCUACGGAACAGCUCAAAGCGGGAAACCUUAUACCUGCCACGCUAAACAUCCGCUUCUGGUCCAAACUAAGACCUGCAGGCUCACACUGGAGGCUCCUGUGUUACUAACGCAGCGCAGCGUAGUGUCUGUGUACGAGGGGGCCGACGUGCUACUCUCCUGCAGCCUGAGGGCCAACUACCUGCCCACCAGUGACAUAACUUGGUUCAACAAUCACGGUUUGGACGUUCAGGACACGUCCAAGUAUAUGCUGCUACGAACAUCAGCGUGGGCUAACCUGACCGUGCGAGACACGGAUCACACUCGAGACAGCGGCGAGUACAGGUGCUCCUCCUCCAACGCUGUGGGAGGAGCUGACAUCAACAUCACAUUGGUGGUCAAGAAGCACCCCAUGCCCCCCAACGCCACCCUACUCAGGGUGACGUACAUCAGCCGGCAGCUCAACGAGGUGGAGCUGGAGUGGAAGAUGGAGGGCGAAGCCCGACAAGGCUGGACUGGAUUCAUCGUGCAGCACAAGUGGGUGAACGAACACCCGGGGAGGAGAACAAGUGGAGACGAUUCAAAGCAAGAGAGGAUCGGUGCCUCGGUUUGGCACCACAGUAUUAUCCAUGACCCUGAUGUCAGGAUUCAAACAGUAGGGAUGUUGACACCCACAGCUAAAUACCAGUUCCGGGUCACACCUUUCAACCACAGAACCAUGGGACACCCCUCUGCUGCAAUAACGCCAGCCGAGCCGCGCUCCACUAACUACCCUGCUGUGAUCGGCGCAGCAGUGGGGGGGAUGCUCUUUGCAGCAAUCGUCACAGUGCUGCUGCUCGUCUACAUAAUCCGCAACCGCAACAACAACCCUCGACUACAUGACAUGCUGUUUGGCUUGCAACACAGUCAGUCCAGGGAAAACAUCAACUUCCCAGAGGAUGAGUUGGUCAACGGAACGGAAGGGCAAAUAGCAAGCUCGUCUAGCCAAGGUCCAACACUGGCUUUACCCAGGGCGUCUUCCCCCUUGACCACCUCCCCAAAUGCCGGACAAGCCCCUCCCACAGGAGACAACGAACCCGUCAAUGUCACCAUCACCGUCAAUGCGACCGGCUCCUAAAGGCAUGGAAUUACUGGCCAGAUCGUCCAGUCGUUUCCAAACAUUGCAAAAUUUCAAGUUCCCUACUUCACUUACAGCAAAUUGUAUGGCAUAGAAACAUCUUUCUGUUUUGUUUUAAAUAAUUUAUUUCACAUUGUGUGGUGAGUAACAUAAGAAUUUGUCAGUCUCCUUAAAGAGCAGAGGACCCCCGAAUGAGGUACACCAGUACUAUGGCAGGUAUUUCUGAUACUGCCAGGGGCGUUACAGGGCUGUUUUUUACCAGUGUAGUUUUGAAGUAAAAAAAGCAACUUUAAUUCCUGCAAUAAUUUGUCAUAAAGAAUGAGAAUAAAUAAACAAUUUCAAGAGGUCCUCAAUUUCACCUAUUAGUAGUAAUCUAUUUAAGUGCUUAGCAUAUCUUGACCCAUAUUGGAUCGAUAUUAGCGUGCUAAAUCAAUUAAAUGGAAAGUAUAUCAAAAAGACCUCAUACAAAAAGUUAUGACACCCCUGCCAUAGAGAAUGUGUGUAACAAUGGAAUACUAAAACAGUACAAACAAGACAACAAUUUAAACAUUAUUAGAACAGAUAAAUAUAUGCAGCUUCUUCCCACCUGCGGCAUCAGUUCACAUUUGUUAAUAUUCACCAGUGAGGUCAUAUGACAGGAAGGGAAAUCUUCUGCGUGCUGACGAUGUCACACAGCUUCUGCCUUAUAUUCAAGAAGAGCCGUUUGAACUCCAGACCGUCGCCCUGAAAAAACAAACACACAAAAUGAAAGGGGAUGAAAAGGACGAGCGUGUCUUAACAGCUUUAUUAAAAUACAAACAGAUACUAAAAAGUCACCUUGGACAGUCUGAAGUCUAACAGCACUCUUUGGUCCAUUUCCAGCAAGUGGACUUUGAAUAUGAGUUUGUUAUUGCGCUUGUCCAGUGUGUUCACAGUCACCUGAGGGACAAACACAAGCAAAAAAAAAAAAAAAAGUUUAAAUGCCUGAAAUCCAAUCAAAUCAAUUUACAUGCACAAUGUUUAUAUUUCCAAUGACUAGUGACAUUUAGAGCUUUGGAGGGUUCAAUUUGAUUAGAAACCUGUCUGACAUAUUAUACUGUUGCAUUAUAGUGACGUUUAAUCAAUAUUGUCAAAGUGUGUAAUAAUUGUACUGUAUAUGCCAUUAAUAAAAAGCAGCCAGCCUGUUGUAAUAAGUUCCACUUACUCUUUUAUUUAUCGCCACACCUUUCCCUUGUUGCCAUCACUAGUUAGUAUAAUUCAGUAAAACAUUCAAAAGACGCAAUACAGUUGGGAGUUGACUCUUAAACUGUUCAACAAGACAUAGAAACACUUUGUUUGAAGUCCUUAAAUUGUUCAACUUUUGGGACAUUGUAGGCAUAGCUCCAAAUUUUGCAUUUUUAAAAGUAGAACUACACCUUUUAUUGGUAUUUUGCCUUUCAUUACUUAUUCCUAUGUAAGAAAAGGACACAUAUAUUCUUUUUUAUGCAUUCUAAUUUGUAAAAUACGGCAUAUUUCAGGUGACGAAAAAAUGCAUCUAAUGGGAGUACACUACUCGCCCAUAAGGCCCCCUAAAAACGUCCACAAAGUGGCAAUGAUACUCCAUGUGCAUCUCCUGACCUGAAUGUAAACCAAAUGUUAUCGAUAAUAUUAUAAGUGCUAACACAGACCAACUAUGUAUGCCGCGCCGUGAU